ACUGCGCGUAGGUUGGACUAAGAAGAAUGCAAAAUGACAUUUUGUAAAUACGGGAGCAUCGUUCUUGGAUUACGCAUGGAUGGAAAAUGCAACGUGUACUAUCAGCUCGCGUGGUGACGCGCUGAAUCACUGGGGGAAAUAGAGGGUUUAUUGUAUAUUUAUGAUCAAAUAUCAAUAGUGCGCGCGCUUGGCCACAUCAUGGGGCUGUGCUACAGUCUGCGUCCCCGUUUGUUUGGGGACCUCAGCGGAUCUAUUUCCAACGCCAACUCAGAGUCGGAGCACCAGCCUCCGGAUGCAGGGAUGAUGAUGAUGCCGUCUUGCGUAAGGGGAUCGCGGCACCACGAUGAGGAGGAAUCCGGGGGGAACAACGGCAAGACAUCAUCCACCUCGCCUUUACGAACCGGAGACGCCGGUAAGAUCCCGGCCGGGGAGCUCCGCCGUGGAGACGCGGACAGAGCGCUUGUCCAGAACGGAGGCGGAGGAGGUGGCGGAAAGAGGAGGCUACAGGUGCUCCAGACGCCCAGCAGCGCCCAAAAGCAGAAGAACUGGGAUAAACUAGUGGUGGAGGAGAAGGAGGCCGACAAGGAGGCCAAGAAAGUCAGUAAGAACAUUGACAGGGCCUUGAAGGAACUCAAGCGGGAAUAUAAACAGACUCAUCGUCUGCUUCUCUUAGGGGCUGGUGAGUCGGGAAAGAGCACUAUCGUUAAGCAGAUGAGAAUACUUCAUGUCAACGGGUUUAAUGCAGAAGAGAAGAAACAGAAAAUUCAAGACAUUCGUAAAAAUGUGAAGGAUGCCAUCGUGACCAUAGUGUCAGCCAUGAGCACUUUAAUACCACCUGUCCCACUUGCUAAUCCAAAAGACCAGUUUAGGAUCGACUACAUCAAAAGCAUAGCUCCACUCUCUGACUUUGAUUACACACAGGAGUUUUUCGACCAUGCGAAGAAGCUUUGGGACGAUGAAGGGGUUAAGGCGUGUUAUGAGCGGUCCAACGAGUAUCAACUAAUCGACUGUGCGCAUUAUUUUCUUGACCGUAUCGACGCAGUAAGACAAAGUGACUAUACUCCAACAGAUCAGGAUUUGCUUCGCUGCAGAGUGUUAACAUCAGGGAUUUUUGAAACACGAUUUCAAGUAGACAAAGUCAACUUUCAUAUGUUUGAUGUGGGAGGUCAGAGGGAUGAAAGGAGAAAAUGGAUUCAGUGUUUUAAUGACGUCACAGCGAUCAUCUUUGUGGUAGCGAGCAGCAGCUAUAACAUGGUCAUAAGGGAAGACAACAACACAAACAGGCUACGGGAAGCACUUGAUCUUUUUCGCAGUAUCUGGAACAACAGAUGGUUAAGGACGAUUUCUGUCAUAUUGUUCCUCAACAAACAGGACAUGCUGGCAGAGAAAGUAUUAGCUGGAAAAUCCAAAAUCGAAGAUUAUUUCCCUGAAUAUGCUCGUUACACCUUACCAGACAAAGUAACUCCAGAACCUGGAGAAGACCUCAGAGUGACAAGAGCCAAGUUUUUCAUUCGCGACGAGUUUCUGAGGAUCAGUACAGAAAGCGGAGACGGCCGUCACUACUGUUACCCUCAUUUUACAUGUGCAGUGGACACAGAAAACAUCCGGCGGGUCUUCAACGACUGUCGAGACAUCAUCCAGAGAAUGCACCUGCGGCAGUACGAACUCUUGUGAUCUCACCUCGAUUCGCCGGUGACCAUAUCCUCCCUUUUUAUAAACCUGUCUCCAAACUCCCCUUGCCCUGUCCACACCCCGAAAACGAGGCCAAAAACGCAGAUGAAAGUUACUACUGACGUUUGGAUGACCACCCUCCUGUCUUUUAAGUUCAUUUUUUUUCCCCCCAUGUUUUUAUUUCAUGAAUUGUUUUUCGAUUUACAUUUUAUUUUUGCCAUUCCAUGAAGCCUCUGGCUACCUCCUUAUUUUUUAUUAAAAUGAAAAUGAUCUGGUCGUGCAUAUAUGUCCUGGCAUCUGCCAGUUUAUGAAGAUUGCAUCACCUUGUGACCUCCAGGAGCCCUAGUCUCGCACCCAAACCUUGACCUUCUGACCUCUAGGGCUCUCUGCUGCUUUCUGUCUGAACACUGAAGAGCACCCAUGGUGGGUUGGUGGGGA